AUGCGACGGAACGGCCCGGCGCAUUGUAUCGAGUCAUCUUCUGGGGAUGCGCCACAAUCGCACCCUGGUGUGGAGGAAGGGAUGGAGUGCCAGAAACGAGAGCCUAUGGAGGUAACGGACACCUUCAUCUGCCUUGGUGCUGUCAAUGUCAAAUUGCUCCUGCGCGCGUCGCGGGGCGUUCUACUCGAGACUGCAGAACAUAUAGGCGGCAAUGUGCUUGUUGAUGAGAGGUGGACAUGCACGAUACGCGAACCGAAGAAUCGGCCAAAUGGAACAUUUAAAGUCCAGAUACGCUAUUCUGCCUCCGCUGCACGUUCAUCACAUCCGGAUCCUCACCGACCUGUCUCACUCGACUGCGCGAAGAGUGUACCGGGGCUGAUGACCAUAGUCAAACGCAACGACAUCUAA